AUGGCGGGGUCGCCACUGCUCCACAGGCCGCGGGCCGGGGGCGUCGGCAUCUUGGUGCUGCUGCUGCUGGGUCUGCUUCGGCCACCCUCUGUGCUCGGCGCGCGGCCCGUAAAGGAGCCCCGCGGUCUAGGCGCACCCUCGCCGCCCAUGGCAGAGGCUGGCGUCCCUCGCCGGUUCCGGCGGGCAGUGACCCGGGGAGAGACGGCGGGGGCGAUGCAGGAGCUGGCGCGGGCGCUGGCGCACCUGCUGGAAGCGGAACGGCAGGAGAGGGCGCGGGCGGAGGCGCAGGAGGCCGAGGAUCAGCAAGCGCGCGUCCUGGCGCAGCUGCUGCGCCUCUGGGGCGCACCCCGCACUUCAGACCCGGGUCUGGCCCUGGACGACGAUCCUGAUGCGCCUGCCGCGCAGCUCGCGCGUGCCCUGCUCCGCGCCCGCCUGGACCCUGCUGCCUUAGCAGCUCAACUUGUCCCCGCCCCUGCCUCUGUGCUCAGAAUCCGGCCCCCGGCUUACGACGACGGCCCCACGGGCCUCGACGCCGAAGACGCUGGCGACGAGUCUCCCGACGUGGACCCCGAACUGCUAAGGUACUUGCUGGGGCGGCUUCUCACCGGAAGCCCGGACUCCGAGGCGAUGGCCGCCCCACGCCGCCUCCGCCGAGCUGCUAACCAGGAUCUGGGCCCUGAAGUGCCGCCUGAGGGCGUGCUGGGGGCGCUUCUUCGCGUGAAACGCUUGGAGACUCCCGCGCCCCAGGCGCCUGUUCGCCGCCUUUUGCCGCCAUGA